AUGCAAGGAGACCAAGGAGAACCAGGAUACGUGCUCGGAAGCAUGGAAGUCAUUUCAGGAAAAAGCGGACAGCCAGGUCCUCCGGGCCAAAAAGGGCAGCCGGGGGUUCCCGGUGUAGCAGGCCCUCCAGGUCUGCCUGGCUUACCUGGACCCCAGGGUCCACCUGGCUCCUCAGUGAAGGGUGAACCCGGAGACCCAGGCCUCAGAGGUCCCCGGGGCAGAAGUGGGAUUAAAGGAGACAAAGGAGGAAGAGGAGAAUCGGGCAUUCAAGGAUUUCCCGGGGCGCCAGCCAUGGGGGUGGUGGGACCUCCAGGGAAGAAAGGUGUUCGGGGGGAAAUUGGACCAGUGGGUCUUUCAGGACCAAAAGGCCACCAGGGGGAACAAGGAGAAAAAGGUGAAAAGGGAAGCCCCGGAUUUGGGAUUCCCGGUCAACUGGGAUUGAAAGGUGAACCUGGAGAAAGAGGGUAUGUUGGUUUAUCUGGCAAGCCAGGCCAAAAGGGAGAAGAAGGAAAGAAAGGGGAACCUGGAAUCCAGGGUCUUCUAGGACUUCCGGGACUCCCUGGAGAACGAGGAAUCAAAGGCGAUAUGGGGCGGCCUGGCAGAGAUGGUGCCACUGGAGACAAAGGCGAUAAGGGCGAAACUGGACCGCCGGGGACCCCUGGGAUUCCUGGAGAGACAAGUCUUCCUGUGGAACGUACCAUCUUCAUCAAAGGAGAGAAGGGGGACCCUGGACCAGUUGGCAAAGCAAUGGAUAUCAAGGACCUGGAACGACUUUUGGAAGCUUAUGGGAUCAAGCUGGCCCUGUUGAAGGAACUGACUGACCUUCUCCUGCAAGGUGGGGUACAAAAGAUGACCCAUCAGGUUGCUGAGGCCAAGAAGGAGAAGGACGGGAAGAAGAAGAAGAAGAAGCAACAAUCGAAACCCCAAAACUCCACGGUUGUCCCUCCAGAAAGCCUCACCUCUGCCAGGGAUCAGGAGACACGGGGUGUUGUGGUGUCUGAAACAUCAACCAACUCCCAGAAAAAUCGGGAGGAGCUGGAAGUUUGGGAAACGACUCACGUUCCCACGAUCCCGAAGAGAGCCGAACCUCGGGAUGGAAGAGGUGACCCUUCUCAAAACGCCACCGCUGAGAGCAUGGAAGCAACUCUGAGGAAACACACAAAGCAGGAGAAAGAGGCUGGUCUCCAAGGAGGAAGCAUCCUCAGAGUUCGAAGGAAGGUGGAGAAUUCGCACCCGCCUGCCCGCUCUCCAGGUGCUCUUGAAGUUGGGGAACCCCUAGUAGGACACUGGCGGAAUUAUAGGCCUUACCCUGGAGCUCAAGGAGCAAAGAGGAUUAAGGUAAUAUUUAGUAGAAAUGGGAAAAAAAAUAUGCAGCAUUUCCUUCGGGAUGGAAAAGCAACAGGACAAACCACGAUCUAA